CGCAGGUCCGCAGGGAGCCAGGAGAUAUUUCUCAACCUCCAGCGCGCCUCAUCCAAAUCGGUUCCUUGGCUGUGCACUCGAAUACAUAUCCGUACACAUCUGCUCUGUCAAAUUGCGACAAAAUGUUCAAAAAAGAUAUAUCCCCCGGGGCGCGCUCCAAAGUCAAGUCGUCCGUGCAACGAUCUCUCCGAAACAAGUUCCUUGAAACCUAUCCCGGUUUCGAACCAUACAUCGAUGAAGUGAUGCCAAAAAAGGCGCCGUUAGAAGCCGUGAAACUACCCGAUCGAGUCACCCUGUACCUCAGCGACUCACACCCAAUCUUCUUCCAAUCCCUCGACAGCCCCCUGAUCCCUCACCUCCGUGUCCUCCACGCCUUUCCAAACGCCCUGCCGACUAUCGGAAUCGACAGAGGCGCGAUCCGCUUCGUCCUCUCCGGCGCCACUCUGAUGGCUCCCGGCCUCACAUCUGCUGGCGGGAGAUUGCCCGAUCCCGCGAAUAACCCUGGUGACAAAGAGCUGGAGGCAGGGCAGGUCGUUGCGGUCACGGCGGAGGGGAAGGAGGAGAUCUGUCUUGUGGGGGAGUUGAAGAUGGGUACGGAGGAGAUGAAGAAGAAGGCGAAGGGGGUGGUGAUGGAUGAGGGCCAUUAUCUUGGUGAUGGCUUGUGGAAUUUGCAGUUUGAUUGAAGGAUCGUCUUUUUUUUUGAUUUUUCUUCAUUCUGCUUCCGGGCCUCACUACUCUCUUUUCCUGUUCUAAGUUGUUUUUCCCUCGAAGUUAUGCUGGUUUUGGCGUAUGGGGUUUACUCGACGUUUACACACCCAUAGCAUGCACUUAUGAUUAAUGUGAGCCUGAACUGCGGUAUAAUGACAUUAUCAAACGUGUGCGCGAACUAGAAGACGCGCGGAAAGUGUUGAGAUACCUCGAAGCCGGGGUACGAGGGGAGUCAUAGGGAGAAAAGACUAUUUACUAGCGAAAAGUCAUCAUCGAGUAUUUUCGUGAGGAAGUUAUAAAUUCUGCCAUUAGGUUGAAUUUGUCCGCAAACCAUCUACUUGUCCAGCAUUGGAUUCCAACGUGAACAAUAUCAGACAUUGCUUAUGGGCCACUCCCGCUAUCAUUCGGGGACAGCGGGCUAGAUCCCGGUGAUGCUAUAUUUAAAUUUAAUCCUUUCAGCUCCUGGGUUGGUACGCCAUUGGCGUUCACUCUCGGCAGUGAAAGCUGAUCCCCACGCAAUCCAACCUUGACGACAGCACGUCUAAGCAUAUUUCCUGAGCUAUCUAGAGCCAUCAGGAAGCGAGCAAGUUCACCGCACAACUCCCAGUCUCCCUUAUGUGAAGCUAGCCGCAACAAUCGAAUUGCUGAUUCUUCGGUCUUCUCGUCGUUGUUUUCAUCUUCGGAGUCAUCAAACGCUUGUAGCACGAGUAAAUAACCCCCAGCUGUCUUGAGAGAGUUAAAUUUUAGCGCUUGUUCGAAUAGUUCACUCGGCGGAGGCAGAUGGGCGAACAGUGUCCGCCAUGAACGUAGCUCCGUUUUCCGGAUACAUUGGACGAGAAUGUCCAGAUAUAAUUCUGGAGGGUUCCCAGCCUGUAAGAACGAUAGGACGGCAGGAAGCAACAGGGCCCCUUGUGACGGAUCGUUGCCGCGUGGAUUAUCAACUUCUUCAUCUAGUACAUGGUGUAAGAGUAUCUCUAAGGCGUGGGGGAAAUAUGAUAGGUGAGAGAAAUGGUGACAGAUAGAAAAGGCUGAAGGGGUAUCAAACUGAGACAGGUUAUAUUGAAGGAUAUAUGGC